AUGCUGACAUCAUUCCCAUCAGUUGUUGCCAAAAAACCAUUUACCUUAGUCGUAGAGGGUAACAUCGGUUCCGGAAAAAGCACUUUGCUGAAUUAUUUCAACAAAUUCACCAAUAUUGACAUUCUUCCCGAACCAGUGGAAAAAUGGAGCAAUUUUGAAGGUGUUAAUUUGCUCGAUCUAAUGUUCAAAAACCGAAACGAAUGGUUCGUUCCAUUCCAAAGCUAUGUAGCUCUCACCAUGCUUCAAAAUCAUUCAAGGACUACCGAUAAAAACUACAAGAUAAUGGAAAGAUCAAUCUAUAGCAUCACAAACAGCCCGACCGAAGUUGACUUGUUCAUAUAUUUGCGAACAUCACCGGAGAUUGCCUUAAAUCGAAUGAGGAAGCGUGAUCGAGAAGAAGAAAAUGGCGUGAGUUUGGAAUACCUGAAAAUUCUACAUGAGUUACAUGCUAGGGGGUAG